AUGUCACGCUUUCUCUUUUUACUGGCUUGUAUUGCUCUAUCUAUCGAUAUUUUGAAUGGUGUUCAAAUUCUCGGUCUUUUUCCUGAACAAGGCGAUACACUGUCUCAUAAUCCAAAUGUUAAUCAAAGUGGCCAUUGGACAAAUCAAUGUAUGCAAAUGUUUCGUGCAGCUAUUGUUCUUGCCAGUGACUACAAAAUCUAUGUGGAUGGACAACCCAUAGCUUCCACUAUUCUCAAUACUAAUAUUGAGAGCAAUGGCUUUGCAGAACUUGAGCUUGUCUGUCGAACAAUGUGCAAUCGAACAGACUCCGAUAUUGUAGGUGUUGUCGGACCAGCUAGUUCAACAAAGGUGCGUUAUCUUGGUCCAUUUGCUGCACGCAUACAUUUGCCACUUAUUUCUUAUUCUGCAACUAAUGCGGAUCUCGAUGAUGCAUAUAAUUAUGCAACAUUUUAUCGCACCAUUCCGUCGGAUACUCUGUUAGCUGAAGCUGUUGUGCAAUUGUUUAAUUUUUUUUCGUGGUCAAGCUGUAUAAUAAUUCUUGGAAAAGAUGAUUACGGUUAUGGUGGAUUGAAAAUAUUAUCAGAAGUUUACCAUUCAAAUUUGUCGAUUCAAGAUAGAUUAAUAUUUGAUCUGCGACUCGACAAGUUUCACGCAAAUUUAAAAGAAACAUUAGAAAAAAGUCGAUCGCGCAUUGUAUUAGUUUGGGCAUGUCAAAAUUCAACAACAAGAAUCAUUCGUCAUGCGCUUAAUGACGGACUUAUCGGUGGAAAUUAUGUAUGGAUUAUGACUAGUAAGAUUGUUUUCAAUGGGUUCAAACAAUAUGAUCCAACAAAAUUAGCAGGUGUUCUAGCUGUGGUACACAUCAUAGGCAAUAGUAGUACAUCUGGCGUUAAUGAAACAUUACAAAAAGAGGCAUUUGAUAUUUGGCGCAAUCGACCGUAUGAGGGGAAAAAAGCUCCAGAAAAGUUAUCUGAUGUCAGCCCAUUUGCAAUGUAUACAUUUGAUGCUACUUGGGCUUUAAUUCAAGCAUUAAACAAGUCUUCAAUUGAUAAGAAAUCGCCUUCAAUGAGUAAAGCAACUUCAUGUUUUGAUAGUUCAUUGCAAAAUUAUACCACAUAUUUUGAUUAUCUGCAAAAAACUCGGUUUUUUGGUGUAUCAGGAAUUGUUGACUUUUCUAAACACGAUUUAAAUGAAGAUAACCAUGGUGGUAUGUAUGUUCUUUAUAGUGUGCGAUCGAAAGGCAACUCUAAGAAAAAAGAAGUAAUCUAUGAGCAAAUAAUGACAUGGCAUGAAACGAGCCACAGUUGGACAAAUUAUACUAACCCAGACAAACUGAAUAUCAUCUGGCCAAGAAAUCCAAUCAACACAGUGCCUACUGAUUAUCCACAACUUCAAGGUCAAUAUCUGCGAAUUCUUGUCAUUGAAGCGCCUCCUUUCGUUAUAAUACACAAUUUUUCAAAUCAAGGUCACUUCUCGAACAAUAUCAAUAAUGUUAAACACAACAAUUUUCGUUGUGAGCCUCUAGAGACAACAAAUUCUAACAUUCUUAUCUACGGUUUUGUUCCUGAUCUUAUUCGUAUACUUCAAAGUCAAAUGCAUUUUAAUUUCACCAUUGAUGUAGCGAAUCUAUCAACAGACUAUCAUUCUCUUGUUUCAUUAGUAGCGAAUGAUAAUCGUCAAUAUGAUAUAAUUUUAUCUGAUAUUAGAAUCACUUCGAGUCGUCUUCUUAAAGUUGACUUUUCAACACCUUAUCAUGAAAAUACUUUCCGAAUUAUUACUCGCCCAAAUCCAUAUUCCACAUCAUUUAGUCUUUUCUCAUGUUUUAAUCCAUUUACUUGGGAUGUAUGGGCAGCUAUUUUUGCAGUUAUUAUUUAUUCAGGCUUCAUUAUUUAUAUUUUUGAGCGUCACAAUAUAAAAACUGAACACUGCGAGUCUGAAUUCAAAUCUAUUCUGAUUGGUAUAUGUCAUGCAAUGACUAGUAUUUUGAUUAUGGAUGGCAAUAUACGUUUAUCAACACAUUCAAGCCGAAUAACAGUUUUAGGUUUAUACGCAUUGGGCAUUAUUCUUGUUGCAACUUAUACUGCUAAUCUUUCAUCUUUUUUGACCUUAAAUCGUUCACAAGCAACUAUCUCUGGUAUUGAUGAUAUAAAAAAUGGUCGAUUACCUUUUUCACGUAUAGGUAUCGUGACUAAUUCAGCUGUAUCAGAUUAUUAUAUACAAAAUAUUUCAACUGAAUAUGAACCUCUUUCUACAAUUGAAGAGAUGUAUUCGCGCUUACUUGAUCAUACAAUUGAUGCAUCAAUAUGGGAUUCAUCUGUACUUGAAUAUGCUGUUAACAAUUAUUAUUGUGAGAAAUUGAUUAUCGCUGGUGUUGGUUUCGUUAAAUCAUCAUUUGCUAUUGUGUUACCUAAAAAUUGGCUCUACAAAAGAGAUUUAGAUCUUCAUAUUUUAGCUCUGCGCGAAACACAAAAACUAGAAUCAUUAGAAAAUGCAUGGCUGAGACAUAGAACAUGUCCAUCAUCAUCAUCAUCAUCAUCAUCAUCAAACAAUGAGAAUAAAGAAGAUAAUUCGAAAACGGAAACGUUUUCACUGGAUGUAUUGGGUGGACUUUUCCUUAUCUUUCUAAUAAUAACUGCCAUCGCAUUUUGUUUUCACUUCUGGCAUUGUCGAGCAGCUAUCAUCAAUGGAUUUCGUCAGACUAAAAAACGAAUGCGCCUACCGACAUUGCAAACGACAAUAAAAUCUUAA